AUGGCUUUGGAGGGACUCGGUUCCAACUCUUACAAGCCGGCAAAAUUAUCCCUCGAUUUGGAGAAUCGAGUUACUCCUCCUACUAAACCAUCUAUCAUUGAGCCACUAAAGCUUGAGUUGAAGCCUUUGCCUUCACAUUUGAAGUAUGAAUUUCUAGGCCCUAAUGAAUUUUUGCUCGUUAUUAUCUCAUCCUCUUUGUCUAGUGUGCAGAAAGCUGCCAAGUUUCACCUAGAUGAGCCAUGUAUGGUUGCUUUUGAGGAACUCAAGUGGCGUUUGACAACCGCUCCUAUAAUUCAAGCUCCUAAUUGGGAGUUGUCAUUUGAGUUGAUGUGUGAUGCAAGUGAUGUCAUCAUGGGAGAGGUGUUGGGCCAAAGAGUAUGCAAGCUUUUCUAUCCCAUUCACUAUGCUAGCAAAACAAGGAAUGCCGCUCAAAUGAACUAUAUGGUUCAAUAUGCCAAUACUAUAGCCAAAUCUUGUGAUAAAUGCCAACGUCAAGGCAACAUCUCAAGAAAGAAUGAAAUGCCUUUGAAUCUGAUUGUGGAGGUGGAGUUGUUUGACGUGUGGGAAAUUUACUUCAUGGGGCCGUUUGUGAGCUCCUACAACAACAAAUACAUCCGUGUGACGGUUGGCUAUGUGUCAAACUGGAUGGAAGUGGUAGCUCUACCAAAAAAUAAAGCAAGAACUGUCAUCGCGUUCCUCAAGAAGAAUAUUUUCACAAGGUUCGACUCUCCGAGAGCUAUUAUAAGUGAUGGUGGUUCUCAUUUUUGUAAUCGAUUGUUUGCCACUUUACUCGAGAAAUAUGGAUUCAAUCACAAAAUUGCCACACCGUAUCACCCACAAACAAGUGGGAAAGUUGAAGUUUCAAAUCGUGAGAUUAAGAGCAUUUUGGCCAAAACCGUCAAUGUCUUAUAG